CUUUUUUUUCCUGAAGUGUGGCAUUUAUGGACAACCUAUUCAUUUCGAAAUGAAAUGGGUAUAUAAAGAUAACGUAUUUGCUAACAUGAUUUGCAAAGCGGAUAUGACAAAUCUCAUUCGGAAGAGGAAAAAGUAACUUUUUUGUAUCACACUUUAUUUACCCCAUCACCUUCUGAAUUAAUUUACUUUAGUUCUAAAAACAAGUUUUACAAAAAUGUAAUUUUCAACAGGAUGCUCGCUAAUAUAGGAAGAAAAAAAAAGUAUGAUAUAACCCUUUCUUUAUAACAACACGUACUUAUAUUUACAGAAUAAAUUAAGGUUUUUUUUUUUUCAACGCUUCUAAUUUUUUUUAAAGGACGCAUUAUGUUUAGAAGAUGGGUGGAUCAGAUUUUAUGGAAAUUCGGGAAUUUCCUUACAGCGAUGCAGGACGAAAACAUUCUUCUAUGUUUUUUUUCCACCUGUUAGAUCACGUUACCAAAGCGGAAAACCCGGAGAACUGCUUAGUUUAUACUUGGAUUUAAUUGGUUGUUAUUACGCAACGGGAGGACUGUGCCGGCAGAUUUAUCGUUCCAUUCAAAAAUAUUCAUUUGUUUGAGUCACUUAGACAGGGAAAAUUUCGAAAGGUUACUAUUCUGUAAAUCCUGUAACGAUGUGAAAUGCUAACAAGAAUCUCUAUUCUUCUGAAAGUUCUACGUAAUUUGGAUUUUCGAUGCUAGAAAAAAAUAAAGUAUUUGCCAGAAAUCACUUUGUAUUCAACUUGAAAACUUCAUAUCAAGCCGGAGACUUUGGAUAAUGGUAAAAUCAAGUGUGGUUAUUGAAUAAAAAGAAGCAUGGCCAGUAAUGAGUCGAUUCUCUUUUACAGUGCAUCCAAUUUGACUUACAAUGAAUCUAAUUUGGCGUACAAUGAAUCUAUUUUGACGUACAAUGAAUCUAAUUCGUCGUACAACGAAUUCAACAAUGACAUUAGUGAAAGUGUUCGGAAACCAGCAUUAAAUAAAUACUAUCCCAUCCUCGUUGCAGAAUUGGGUCUGUCCAUCAUUUGUUCAAUUGCUUUAAUAAUAGUGUAUUUCAUAAUCAAUGAACAUCGUACUUUGCCAGGAAAAAAUGUUAUUUCAAUUUCAUGUUGUCUUAUUGUUACCUACAUUCUACUGAUAAUUGACUUGUUGUGGCGCAACAUAAUUCCUUUCAGAAUAUGUUUUGUAAUGGGUGUUGCUGUACAUACGACAUUUCUUGCAACAUUCUUUUGGACAAAUGUAAUGUCGUACGAUAUUAUGAAAACUAUGGCUUCUAUUAAGCAAGAUUCUGAAAGUAAAGCAAGAUUUUGGAAGUAUUCUGUUUAUGCAUGGGCAAUGACAUUUAUGUGCGUUGCUCCCGCUGUAGCCAUUGAUCAAAUAGAAUCUGUUCCGUUUUAUUAUAGGCCAAAUUUCGGACAGAAGAAAUGCUGGCUAACUGGACAAGAGGCAUUCUUGAUUUACUUCAAUGCACCAGUUGGAUUAACAUUGGCUGCAAACUGUAUAUUUUUUGCAGUGACUGCAAGAACAAUUGUUAAAGUGCGAAGCGCCACAACAAUAUUGGCGGCGAAUCGUCACCAGAAAAGAUAUAGACUUUGUAUGAAAUUAGUACUGAUUAUGGGAUUAGUUUGGAUAACAGAAUUUAUUCCAUGGAUCACAGGUAUUUAUUAUUUAUAUGCAGUUGCAGGCAUGCUCAAUUGCUUACACGGUGUUUACUUGCUCAUUAUUUUCGUCUGUAAAAAGAGAACUUUGAAGAUAUUGUUCGAUGGUUGCGUUUGUCCUUGUUCCAAAAUGUCUCCUCCAACAGACAGAAAGAAAACACCAUCGUUAGAUACUGUUACCACGCUUGUACCGAAUUAAUGUAUGUGAAACUAUUAAUAAUUUACAAAAUAAACAUUUCAACAGACUAAAGGUUUGAUUAAAGAAAGCUGUAAUGUCUA